UAUGCUUUUCUCCUCCAGGUUUUUCGUUGGAAUAUACGUUGCACAUUUAUGGCGAUUCUGAGCGUGAGGGCAGACUUCUGCCAGGCUCAGCACAGCGUUUCCGCUGACAAGUGAGCUUGGAGGUCCUAUGUGCCAUAAUUAACAUUGCCUUGAAGACUCUGGACACCGAGACUGGCCUCAGAAAUAGUUGGCUUUUUUUUUUUUUUUUAAUUGCAAGCAUAUAUCUUUUAAUGACUCCAGUAAAAUUAAGCAUCAAGUAAACAAAAGUGGAAAGCGACCUACUCUUUUAACUUGUCUCACUAGUGCCUAAAUGUAGUAAAGGCUGCUUAAGUUUCGUAUGUAGUUGGAUUUUUUUGGAGUCCGAAGGUAUCCAUCAAGCAGACAUUGAGGCCCGAAUUGAAUUUGGAUUCAAGUGGAUUCUAAAUACUUCUGCUUAUCUUGAAGGGAGAAGCUUCUUAAAGAAUAAACAAGUUGAAUAGAGAAAACACUGAUCGAUAAUAGGCAUUUUAGUGGUCUUUUUAAUGUUUUCUGCUGUGAAACAUUUCAAGAUUUAUUGAUUUUUUUUUUUUUCAUUUUCCCCAUCACACUCACACACGCACGCUCACACUUUUUAUUUGCCACAAUGAACCGUCCAGCCCCUGUGGAGAUCUCCUAUGAGAACAUGCGUUUUCUGAUAACCCACAACCCUACCAAUGCUACCCUCAACAAGUUCACAGAGGAACUUAAGAAGUAUGGAGUGACAACUUUGGUUCGAGUUUGUGAUGCUACAUAUGAUAAAGCACCAGUUGAAAAAGAAGGAAUCCACGUUCUAGAUUGGCCUUUUGACGAUGGAGCGCCACCCCCUAAUCAGAUAGUUGACGAUUGGCUAAACCUACUAAAAACCAAAUUUCGUGAAGAGCCAGGUUGCUGUGUUGCAGUGCAUUGUGUUGCAGGACUGGGAAGGGCACCUGUGCUGGUCGCACUUGCUUUGAUUGAAUGUGGAAUGAAGUACGAAGAUGCAGUUCAGUUUAUAAGACAAAAAAGAAGGGGAGCAUUCAAUUCCAAACAGCUGCUUUACCUGGAGAAAUACCGACCUAAGAUGCGAUUACGCUUCAGAGAUACCAAUGGGCAUUGCUGCGUUCAGUAGAAAGAAAUGUAUACGAAGGCUGACUUGAUCGUGGCAUUUAGAGGGAACUCUUGGUACCUGGAAAUGUGAAUCUGAAAUCUUAACUGUGUCAUCAAAGUAGUGAUGGAUUCAGUACUCCUCAACCACUCUCCUAAUGAUUGGAAAAAAACAAACAAAAAAGAAAUCCCUCUAUAACGUGAAUAAAAUGUUUAAGAAAAGAAAAAGAGAAAGAAAAAAAAGGAUUAAUUUAGUGAAGGAUGAUUUUGCUCCUAGUGUUGGAGUUUGAAUUUCUGCCAGGAUUGAAUUAUUUCAAAAUCUCCUGUCUUUUAACUUUCUCAAAAAAGGUCUCUAAGGAAAACCAGCAGAACAUUAGCCUCUGCAGAACCAUCUGUUUGGGGAGCACACUCUUCCAUUAUGCUUGGCACAUAGAUCUCCCUUUUGUGGAUUUCUUUCUUUCUUGGGGGUGGGGGGGAAGGCACGGUAUAUUUUUCCCUUCUUCUCACUUUCUUCUAUCCCUCUUCUUUCCUCUGAUACAAGUUGUAGGUGAAAUAAGAGAAGCCCAUGUUGCUGUAGAUGUGCGUGCAGUCUGGCAGCCUUAAGCCCACCUGGGCACUUUUAGGAAAAAAACAAAACAAAAAAACACCAAAAAAAAAAAAAAAAAAAAAAGAAAAGGCAGUGGCGUAUAUAGUAUAUGAUCCAGGUGUUUUUUAGUCUUUACUGAUGAUGGGGUAGUCAAUGUUAGUUUCUUUUCUUGAAAACCCUAUUCAACAUUAGGCAAAGUAGCCAGGAGCCUUUUUUGUUUUGAUAAAUUUGUGGGGAAAUGCCAUUUUAAGAGGAGUCUCUCAAAGAACUUAGCUGAGAGUCGAAUUCAUCUCUUUUCCAACCAAUGAAGCUAAGUGGAUGUCCCA